GGGUGAGCGCGCUCUUUAUGACAGGUCGGAGAGAAGGAAAGAGAGAAGGGAGCGUGCGUUUAUCAAGAAGGGGGGGGGGACCCAGCUGCAAAAAAAAAAGAGAAACGCGUAACAAUGGCAGCAUCAAGCACCUUGUUGUAGAUGGUGGAGAAUAGCCGAAGGGGCGCCAUGAAUUAGGAAUCUGGGGUCUAAAAAACAUGACACUACUUUGAAACGUGGGAAUCGCAUGGAAAAAUGAAACGGUUAAAGUCCUUGUUUGUUUCGUGGAAUAUGAAGAAUGCCGUAAAAUAAAAAAAUGGAGUUGUAGGGGGGAGAAAAGAGCUCUGGCUCCAUCAUUUCAGAGGCGCGUCCACCUGCUGAUACUGGAAGUCCAGGCUGGGAAAAAAAAAACAUGGAGAAGUGGCUGCGUUGAGGAAAAAGACAAAUUUCCCAUUUUGUGAAAAGAGGAGGGGGGAGGGUGGGGGGAUCCGGGCGACAGGGAGAAAGAGCGCAGUUUGGGUGCAUUGAGAGGAUAUACAUUAAAUACCUCUCCCAUCUAAAUAUCCUGGACUUGUGGGGCCAAGUAGCAACCAUAGAAAAGACAUGGAGUAUGUGCAUUGCAGUGAGGGCUGAUUACUCCUAGACCUGGCUGUGCCAAUGGAUGUAUUGGUCAGUUAUCCACCAGGAGCAGGCACUACCAUGCUUAAGAGGAGCUCUUUUGAGAAAAAAGUUGUAGAAGGCUUUGAUUGGACAAAGGUAAUGAUGCAUGGAAGGAACAGAACCAGGCAAAAUUGAUGGAUGUUCUACAAGAUAACAACCUUGUUGCGCAGGUCGAACACCCGACACAGACUAAUGGGGUGAAUGAGAAUGGAUCUCAUGACCAGGGGAAUAAUCUGAAGCCGUAUGUUGCUGCAGAUGCUACAGUUAUAUUCCCAUCUCCGGCUACAGCAGCUAACGCACAGAAAGGAAGUCCAGACUGCCACAGAGCACUGCCGUCUUUGGCUUCAAAGGAACCCUGUGUCCUGAGUCCUCCCUCCCCGCUGAGACUCACCGAAGCGCCUGAGCACUCAGCAGAUGACUCCUCCACCCAUGCCAUCUCUCUCACUUCCUGUGUAACCAAGGGGGCAAGUCCCUGGUCCCUGCCUGAGGACUGUGACCGGACCCCCUUCACGAUCAUGGAACCGGGUGGCAUGUCAUCACUGACUGGAGACUGCCUGAUGCAGCAGAGCCGAACGUGCCUAGGCUGCUUCAUUGAAUCCAAAGACGGUGUGGACCCGGAGCCUGGUAUCAGCCUGAAAAUAGGCGAUGUGAACCGAGAAUAUGACUCAUGUUCUAUUUCAGACAUAGGAAUCCAAUGUAUGAGCACAGGGGAGAGUGCAAGGUAUGGAGAUGAGCUGCUUUCUGAUCAGCUGUUAAGCUUUCCCCUGCAUAAGUCUAGGACAGCAGACAAAAGGGACAUUGAGAAAUCUGACAGCGAUUCAGAAGACCCUACACAGAAAAACUAUUAUGAAGGAUUGCUUCUGGACAAAUGCAAUGGUGAGGAAGCCCUGUUGUCUAAUCCCAAUCAAGACUGGGGCUAUUUUGAGUCCUUUAUUAGUGAGAGCAAAAUGGAACUCCUUGACCUUUGCUCCAAAAAUGAACUGUCGGUGAACCUGUUUUCCGAGGAGGAUGUCGACAACUACAUGUUUGAUGACGAUGACUCCACCCUUAGCAGUGAUGUGUGUUCUUUAAAGAUCCGCUACGAGUCCUUCCAGGAUAAUGUGAGGGAAAAAACCAAUGCCCUCCAAGAGGAGACUCAGUUUAACUUUUUCCCAAGCGUCCUUGUGAACUGUACCAAAAAAGAGAAUGGGGCCAUUAAGAAGAAUAUGGACACUCUGCAGUUCAAAGCGGAUGAGAUUAGUCUUUGGGGGAACGAGGAGAAGGCAGAAUUGAAUAAACAUGGCAGCACUGCAGAUGGAAUGCAAUACAUGACCCCGAAAAGGAACUAUUUUUUCGACUCCAACAACUCAACUGAAGAUUCAGGAGAAUAUAGUGAUGAUAGCUCCUGUACCGGCUCUUCUUACGACACCUUUCGGGACACUAAAGAAUGCAACCGCUUUUUGUCCAGAGAAAAUUCCAGCUCCUCCAGCCAGCUAAAUUAUGGACUGAGAGCAAAAAGAAAGGUAAGGUACAGCGAGGACUAUCUGUAUGAUGUGGAUUCCAUUGAGAGUGAAAGGAAUGCAGAGAAACGCGAGAAGCAGCCCUUUGGCCCGAAAGAAGAAGACGAUGAUGACUGGUGUCCAAAGAAAAGGCGGAAGUCUUCCCGCAAAGAGCCUCCAGUGAUCAUUAAAUAUAUCAUCAUUAACAGGUUCAAGGGAGAGAAACACAUGUUGGUGAAGCUUGGUAAAAUUGAUCCCACUCACACAACAGUUAACUUAAAUGCUGACCUGCUGCACAAAUACGAAAAAAUGGCCCCUUUGAAGGGCUACUGGCAAAAAAAGCAACUUGACCGAAGGGAAACACGGAUGCAGGGUGACAUCAAACAUCACUUCCAUUUGAAUGGCUCAAGCCGUUCCUUUAGCGCAAGUCUCCCCAAAAGGAAAUAUAAGAUUGCAAACAGACUCAGGAUUCAAAGAAUUCAAACUGUGGAGCAAUCACCAAACAAGCAGGGCCCUUCUUCGUCUGAUCAGAAGCAGGAAGGCGGCACUAAAGACGACGCAGCCCUUGCAGGCAUGCCAUUAACAAUAGCAGCCCCCAACCGUGCAAACAGAUUAGACUCAAAUGACAUCACACAUGCUACCAUGGUACACAGCAGAUCACAAGAAAGGGAAGAUAAGGGAAUGGGAAGUAAAAUUGUUAGGAUAAGAAAAUUUAAAAGUGAAGCCAGACUGAAGAGCAAAAGAAUGAAAGCCAUGCAGGAGGAUUGCGAAAACAUAACAAACAUAUCAGGCAUUUGCCCAGUUUUAGAAAAUCAGGACUCUGUAGGCAGCAUGAAGGAUGCGACUAUUGACUCUGCUACAAACAGCCCCCAUUUAUCUGAAAACCACACCACUGACGGUGUUGAAAAAUCUACUUUUGUAUCAGCCACCUGCUCUCCUGACAAACCCGCACCAUCUGUGAACGUGUCUACAAGUGUACCAGUUGUCCCCGGAGGCUAUCUGCAGACAUUGCUAGAUGCAUCAGAUUCAUCAAGUAGCACUGGAAUCUCUUAUUUUUCUCCGCACCCCUCUGGGCAGUACUCCGUCGGUAUUUCCCAGGCUGACAAGCAGUUCACUUCCUUGCAGCUUGCACAGAGCUGUGUUCUUUCUCCUCCCUCUGAAUCUGAGCUACAACAGUCGCCCCAGAAUUGCACAAACCAGAUUGAGCCAAAUUUCACUCAUAUGUGGCAUGCGCAGCCUACUGCCAGCCAGCCACCAUUUGCAUCUGACAUUGCAGAAACCCCUAUAAUGGCUAGCAGCUUUUCUGGCCCAGUACCUAUGCCAAUGGCAGACAACUUGCCGGUCUCAGGAUACAGUCAGCUAAACUUGGACGGCAACAGACUACUGUAUCAGAAGAAUUAUUUGCAUGAGCAGGCCCUGCAGCCUGACACAGAUUAUCAACCGUGCCAGGUGCCAUGUGGAGAGGGACAUUUCCAGUUUCAGAGAGGCACUCUAAAUACGGAUAAUGGCAGACUCAUCAGUUUUGAUUCAGUGGGUUCGUUGUCAGCAGCUUCAAGUAAUUAUAGUUCUCUAAGUUUAAAGUCCUGUGAUAAGGAUGGAGAAGAUGAAAUGAAUGAUAACUUCUUAGCCCACUGUAGCCCAAAACUAGUGAUCCAGCAAAGUGUUGAUGAAAUCAUUCCCUUGAAGGAAUCAACAGACCUCCUGGAUAUCUCCAACUUCACUCCUGAUAAAUUCCGCCACUCUUCCUUGUCAGAGAUGUCACCACCUGACACACCGAAUUUGUCUCCGCAAGUAAUAGGACCAGAAAUCAAAUCUGUGGGAAAAACAAAGGAAUUCCAAGAUUCAAAUGAAGCUGUUUUAGGCAGCACACAGGAGAUGAAGUGGAACUGUAAUAUCAUUCAGCAGCAGGACCCUCACAGUGGUCCAUUUGUAGUCAACAGUCAUCAAUUCCAGUUCCACACAUUCAAUGACGAUGACACAGUGAGUCUGGUAGAGAAAACUCCCUCCCUGGAUACAUUCGACAAGCAGGUGAAUAAUAGUAGCAGUGGGCCAAAGGCUCCAAAGGCAAAAAAGAAAACAACUGCCAAGCAGAGUGCUGGUCAGAACGCUGGCCCAGACCAGAAGGGUACAAGGAAAGCAAAAACUCCAAAGGCCAGUAAAACAGAAAAGAGCAAAACCCCUAGGCAAAAUUCACGGUCCUCCAAAAAAGGGAAAAAUCCUUCAGAGAGUAAGAGUGGUAAAGGACAGGCAGGAGGUGCCAAACUGCCAGCAAAGUUUAGAAAUAACUUGAUUGCCUCAGCUCAGUCUCUGAAAGAUACUGUUGUGGUACAAAACACUUCAAGCAGCGUCACUGGGCUGUCUGGUGACUGGCCUUUAGUUAAAGAGGCGAAUGCCAGUUGGGCAGAAAGCACAAUGGCACAGAAUAGCAACCUCCUUGACGACGAUCAGCGUGAGUUUGAAGAGCCCUCCAACAUCCUGUCUAACAUUGCCUCCGGGAUGGCUGAGGUCCAGCGUUUCAUGAUGGCUUCGAUCGAGCCGCUGUGGGGCCCUGCAUCAGGGGUUUGCCAGCCUCCUGAAUCAAACAGCCUAAAACUGAAAACUCUCAAAAUACUGGCCGGAACACCGCCCGACUCCAAGAAGAAAGGAGGUGGCACUGGUUGCCUUGGCACUACAAAAAGCAGAAAGUCAGCCGCCAAGGGAGCCAGUAGUAAAAAUCAGGCAAAGUUAAAUUCAUCCCACAGUGCAUUCCCUCAAAUUGCUUUGGACUGUAAUGCAGGCCCUCCGAGGUGCUUGUUUGAUAAGGGUGGCCCUAACCUAAAUAAUCCAGGCACUAAUGGCCCAGCACACAAAAAGAUGUACCGUCAUAAAUCAAGUGCAAAGUUCCCAAGGGAUGAAAACAGUAAGGGGAAGCGAGGCGAGCGCGAACCGAAUAAGGACUUAUCAAUGAUGGCCUCUUUUGAAAAACUGAGAAUAUGGACGCCUUCCAUAUCUCAGACUGCCUUUUUCAGCCUGACUCGUGUUAUGCGGGAGAACUACAACUUCCUGUAGAGAAUCAUAUCACCCCUGUUGAUAUAUCUAAAGUCACCCUAGGAGUGUGGAUAAAUGGUCAUGCAUUUCUGCAGGGAGCCAGACGUCAGUUUUCUUAAAGCAAAAGCAAAAAGGGACUUUUUUGUAUUUAAUAUACAUUCAGUGACUUUUUCCUCUUUUUUUUGGAAUGGCAUUAUUUGUUAUUGUUUGUUGUCAAAAAUGCUUUUUUGGGGGGGCUUUAAUGAAAUGGACUCCCUCUUUCUUAACAAGCCUGGAAUACAUUUUAAAAUUGCUAUUAAAUUCUUUCCGAAUUGCAAUUUUUGUUAAUGCCAGUUGUACAGAAAACAUAUGCACUAUUUGCAAAAAAAAAACAGAAUUCAUGUGCCAAACUAUGAACAAGUGACUGUACAGACAAUUUUAUAUCUAUAUGAACAUUUCAUGUUUUGUUUUGGGACUCUUAAUGGAAAGAAAACAUUCCAGAGAUGCUAUAUUUUGGAACAAUUCCCCGUUGAAAAGCACCUGCAGCCAACAGUAGGACAAAACCACUCAUUUAACCAAAAUCAAAAGACAUUGUUUUUUAUUUUACAUUUGGCUGCCAAAUUCAACUUACCUCAACAUCACCCGGCAUUGUGAAGCUCAAUGUGAAGAAUCCUGUUGAAAGCUCUUAAAAAUAGUCCUCUAUACAGAAUGAUGGAGCAGGAUGAGUAUGAAAUGAUUCUUGCUGGAUGCUCCAGGACGUCUGUAAUGCAUCAGAGGCUGGCUUAAACUGAGACCGGGAAAAUCCAACAGCUGAUGCGGCAGGGACCUGUCUGCACUGCUGACCAUGGGCUGCUUUUCUUCUGACUCCUCCUGUAAACUGAAUGUACUUUUCCAAGGCGAACUUUUGUAACAUGUACCACUGUUGGGCUGCUGCUUCUUAAUGGUGCUAGAGAAAAGCACUUUUCCCAGAGACAAAAACAAAACACAUCAAAAACAAUACUCUCUGUGCCCUUUUUAAGAAUGUACAAUAUAAUGUCAUGUUAUGUUUGAUGUACUUACACCAUGGUUUUGACAUUAAUUGGGAUUACUUUUGCCUUUUUCGUUAAAAAAAUUGAGCUUUAUAAAUAUUGUCUAGAGUUGUUUCCAGAGGGAUUCCUAAUGAACUCUUGACAUCUUACAAAAUCUUGUAUAUUUUUCAGUGUGCCAAUUUGUAACAUAUUUUGUAAGUGUAUAUUUUUCUUAGAAAGUGCUGUGAAGUAUUUGUGAGUGUGCGUGUGGGAACCCUUUUUUGAGCCUCAAAGGGCCAGUAAAAGGAUGUAUAAUGACAAGUUUCUGGUUUUAAAAACCAAAAUACAAACGACAAAAAAAAAAAUCAAUACAAUUUUUGUUGGAAGUUUUGUAAUAAGACCGAUCUUGUGAGAGUGUAGUGCUAUCGUGUAAUAAAAAAAAGAAAAAGAAUGGAAAAAAAAACAAAUUUGUGAACUCUUUGCUGUUUUAUAGAUUUUCAUGUAAAUUAUUCUAGUAUUAUUUUGUUUUUGUUGUAAUCGUUGCAAAGGUUUUAAAUAUUUGUGAUCAAGCCUGUAUGGUGAUAAUGUAAUAUUGGUAACUUGCUGAGUUUUGUAAUAAUGUUUAUGGAAUAAAUAUAAAAAUAAAAAUGAGCUUUUGAACGCUG